AGCGCUAGAGAGCCUAUGGCUCUUUCUCUGCAUCUGUCCAUUCCAACAACACAUGGUCCAGAGGUCAGCGGCGUCGAUUGAUGCUGUUCAGUCAGUAGGACAGGUUGGCUGGCUCGUCGCUUAAACCAAGAUGUCUGAAAGUCUUGAUGAAACAACAUGCAAGAUAUGUCGUCAGGUGUACACUUUAGCUGGGGAGGAGGAGGCGGAAAACCUCCCGCACCUGCUCCAUUGCGGCCAUGUAUAUUGCGCCGUCUGUCUGAACGUUCUGUUGGUCUCGCCAUCGAACACAAUCAUGUGCCCGGAUUGCAAGAUGACCACUUCCGUGAAUGGAGAAGGACUUGACGGGCUGCAGGUAGACAGCAAGACCAUCGGGCUUGUUUACACUGCCAAAAUUAGGAGGAGCCGAGAAGAAAGACAGAAUGCCAAUACGGAAAACAUCACUGGUGCUGUAUCACCCCAAAAGGAGAAGGAUGCGACUUUGAGGAGAGCAUUGGAUGAUGCCCUUGGUGAAGCCAUUAAAAAGCAGAGCGAGUUGCAGAGUGUUUACGAGGCUUUGGUAAAUGAACUGCAGAGUCAAAUGAUAAAAGAAAAGAGCCGCCUGAUGUCAGAGAUUACGGAGAUGACCAAAAAAGCAGCGGGCCUAGUUCAGAAAAGGAAGAUGACAUUGGUGGCAGAGCUAGAUCAGCUGGAACGUUGGUUCUCAGAAAGCCAUGCCAUGCUGCAGAAGCUUGAAGAAAAGAAGAGAAGUAUCGAGAGUGCUAUUGUGAAGGCCAAAAACUUAACAUCACCUCUGCUCCAAGAGUAUAGCGAUGCAGAGAAGGUCAUAGAAGCUCUGCUUGCUCCUGUUGAGAUGCAGAUGUUUGAUCUGAGCUGUCUAAACAAGUGCUCAGGGCUCAGCUGCUGUCUUGACGAAGAGAAGCUGGAACAGAGUCUCAGCAUCACCCAGGGCAACAGUACUAGUGCGCCAAUGGAGAGUGCAGAGAGAAUAUCAAGAAGGUCUUCCAAAAGUCCAGCGGAUUCUCAAAGUAACUCGUCUGGUCCAAAGACGGCCUCUUCGCUCCCUACCUCUGAUUUGGUGCAGGGGUACCGGGGGCUUCCAAAUACUCGGUCGAACUCUGGUCCCAAUGUCAUAAUUGAGGAAAUUAUUGAGGACAGCUCAGUAGGGUUGUGUCCAACUCCUGUACAGCACAACCCUAUACAGCAGUCCCCCAUGCCUAAGCAGAAGGAUAGGAAGAAGAGUCGCCCUCCAAUUUUGGAAAAGCAUCCAGACAGUAAAGACAAAGUGCGUCUUUUUUGGGUUGUUGUCAGUCAUGUGGUCAAUCCAGGUCACUUCUAUGUCCGCUACGUGUCGGAGGAAGGCAGGGCAGACCAGUUACGCCGGGUGAUCAACUCCUUCUGCUUUGGGAACAAAGGCCUUUUCUCUCCUGAGGACACCAUCACCAAAGGUGACUUGCUGUUCGCAUACAAUUCACAUGGUGGAUGGAGCAGAGUGGAUGUGCUUGAUGUGCACCGGGGUCGGACUGCGGACACAAUGGAGACUGUGAGACAGUGCAGAGCUACAGAGGUCGCCAAGCUCGACGUUUUUUUCACUGACCAUGGCUUUCAGAAGGCCCUUUUAAUUCCAAGUGAUUCGCAGCAGCACUUGAGUGAGUCUCUGAGGAAGCCUGAUCACGCUGCUCGAAUAGAGUUAGGUCGAUGGCCGCCACAAGCGAUUCGCUGUUGUCUCAACGGGAUUGUGCCUGCCCAGAUGAGGGGCUGGAGCAUUGAAAGCAUAAAUGAGUUCAGAUCGGUGACGCAUGCGUCAGCUGUCCGAAUGCAGGUGUUCAGAGAAGACAAGAAGACGCUGCUGGUGGACCUGAAGAAGUCCCCUAUGGACCACGCCAACAACCGCAUGCCUGCUUCGCUCAGAGACCACAUGGUCUAUAUGGAGUUUGCCAGGUUCUAUUGUGAGGUGGCUGCUACUGCUACCAGCUGUAAGCCGUUGCAGUACUACCCUCCUGUCUCUCCCAAACCGAAGACGGAGUUCUGCGCCAUCGUUUCACACAUCAACACACCCGCUGACUUCUUCAUUCAGCUGACUGAGAACAUGGAGUUCCCCCUCCUGACUGCUAAGCUGCAGGCCUUGUACAAGGAACAGUCAGAGGACGUGUGUCUACAGCUUGCUCGCCCCAUGCUGGAGCAGGCAUGCGUGGCCCCAUAUGAGAAGGACGUGUGGUACAGAGCACGCAUCACAGGUUUCCAUGGAACACAAAUGGCAGAGGUGCAGUUUGUGGACAUCGGCAGCUUACAACUGGUACCAGUAAACGAUCUCAGGGUCAUCAAAGAUGAGUUCCUGUCUCUGCCUGCCAUGGCUGUGUGGUGCCGUCUAGCUGAUAUAGAAAGUAAUGGAGAUUACUGGAGUGAUGCAAGCAUCAAACGCUUCAGAGACUUGGCUGACAGGAAACCAGUUACAGUCGUGAUGAAGAAGUUCACAUCCGCAUAUGGGCCUCUACCACUCUGCCUGUUUGAGGGGGACAGCAAGACGGAAUCCAAGAGUAUUGCACACAUUCUGAUCACUGAGGGACUGGCCAAAAGUCCAAAGCACCUGUCCUCGGUGGCCCCAGAGGUGCCGUCAUGGGACCCCCCUCUCCUGGCUGUUGAGGAAGAGUGCAAACCUCCUGGCUCGGGAGACGGAGACAGCAUCCAGCUGACUCCAUCCAUUACAGUCCCUGUGAAUCAGAAGGACAUUAAAGUCAGGGUCUGCCAGGUCACCUCUCCAGCCAGCAUCUUUGUGCAGCUCCUGCAGUAUGAUCGCCAGCUGAAGAGGAUUCAGGAGCGUCUUAAGCAACAGUUUGCCACCAAAUCCCCAGUGUCUGUUGAUUGGGAGGUGGAAAUGUUUUGUGCCGCCCUCGUCCAAGGAGUCUGGGAGCGAGGGAAAAUAUCCAGCAUCCUCUCCAGCAAGUUGGUCGAGGUUCUGUGCUGUGACUAUGGGACCAGGAUUCCAGUGCCCGUAGACAAUUUAAGGCCCCUCCCCCCACAGAUGAUUGGCUCCUUGGUACUCGAAUGUUGUCUCAGCGGAAUAAGACCAGCUGGGGGGUCUAAAUGGACAGCAACAUCUUGUGACCUGAUCUCCUUUUACCUGACCGGAGCAACGGCUCAGAUGACCGUCAAGGAGCAGCCUCCUGCCAGUCCAGUGGGAGUAUCUCUGCUGUGCCCUAAUCGGGCAGGGCAGAAUGUCAGCAUGGCCGACUUCCUCAUCAGUGAAGGUUUGGCACUACCAGAACGCAAGUACAGGUCUGGAUUCCAAAGAGAGGCGAGUGUUCAGGAGUUUGUCGAGGCAAAGGCAGUCGAGGCUCCCACAGCACGUGAGGACAAUCGCAAGGGGUCCCGGGACCUCUCCCAAGAAGAGGAAGAGGAGGAGGAGGAGGAGGAGGACACACACCCUGUUGAUCACACUGCAGAGGUGGCCCCGAGCACUGAAGACUACCCUCCCCCACAGCCACCAGAGCAUCUUGGCAUGACCUGCCUCACCAUCACGGCAAUCGGAGACGACGGGGUCAUUUAUAGCAUGACCUCACAAGCAGAGACAGAGUUGGAGCGUCUGAAGAAGCGGCUGCAACAGCACAUCAAGACCACCCCAGUGCUCGACCACCACAACUGGCGCAAUGUCAAGGGCUGUAUCGUCAAGGGCACGGACAUGCUGUGGCACCGCGGCCGUGUUGUGGAGCUCAGCGGAGGCCAAGUGAAGGUGCAGUAUGUGGAUGUGGGCCUUGCUGAGAACAUCCCAGUGUGUCACGUGUACCCCAUGGUGGUAUGUGAGGACGUGGCACAGCUAUGUGUCCCCCUACGAUUAGGCAGAGGGAAACCGGUGGGGAAGGAUUGGCACCUCGAUGCUGUGGCAUUGAUGAAGGAGUUACUGGUUGGCAGAAGCGUUGAUGUUGACAUUAUGGACUUACCUGGUGAGCCACGCGAGUGUGCUGUGGUCGAGAUCUUUUUGGAUGGCAUGCCCGUGAGCAGGAUCAUGGCACAACAUCAUCCCAAUUGCAUUAACCUGUUAGCCAUGGACUUUGAGGAGCAGAACUGUAGUCAACUGGUUGAUCUAGAUGACUGGCAACUGGACAUCAAGGGCCUAAUUCCUACCCCUCCAUUGAGAGGGACAUUUCCUGAUCCUCCUCUUCCCAAAACAGGGACGCGCGUUGCUGUGAAAAUCAAACACCUGUGCACUCCCGACAAGGCAUACCUCAGUAUUAACCUUCAAAAGGAGGAUGAUGUCUCCCUUGAAGAGCUCAUGGAAUGUGUCAAUGCGGACACGGCGUCCCUCUCCCACCUCAACGACUUUCCCAUUGGGGGACCAUGUCUAUCUGAAUACAGUGAUGGCAGUUUCUACCGGGCUGAACUAAUAGGAUUUGUAGCUGUCAGUCCAGAAAUCAAGAUGCUUGUGAGACAUGUGGACUUCGGCUCUGAUGAUACUGUGCCCAUAGACAAACUACGCUGUCUUCCUGAGUUCCUUUUGGACAUUCCUCGCCGGGCAGUAUGUGUACGGUUAGGAGGGUUCCAGCCACCGCGUGUGUGCACCGAGACCAAGCGGCUUCCGUACGCUCCUGAGUGGAGCGUCAAGGCCCUGCUGGAGAUGAUUGACCUGCUGCAGAAGAAAGGAAUCUACCGAGCCCUCAUCUCUGCUAUAGAUGAGGAGACCGUUGCCUACCUCUACAGUCCUGACGGAACUCUUGUGCACCACGCGCUGGUGAGGUCAGGACUUGCAGACUACGAGGGCGCGUCCAUUUCAUUCAGCAAAUGAACAGAGUCCUACACUAUCGUGAUACAAACAUCAAUACAGUUACAACUAUAGGAUAAGUAUGCUUACCCAAAGAAGUUCAUCAUUUGUAGUUCACUUGAUGGUUUAAAAUGUUAUAUGUUAUUUCAUUUUUUGAGACAGACCAUAUAUAUUUCACAGUAUGACGAAUUUUACUUUAAAUGGUUAUCAUGUUUAUUGACUCUAAAUGUUUAUCACGUUAUCACAAUGUUUGAAAGUCCCUGAGUUCAGUGGGUUGCUUCUGUUUCUUCAUCUUUUUUUGUUGUGAAUAUAGCAGUCACGUUUUGCAAUAAAUUCUUAUUUGAAACAUU